AUGUUCUGGAGACGUUCAAAGACGAGCAACCAGGAGCCCGCAGCUCCAGCUCCAUCUUCAAGGCAGUCCGGUCUGUCAUCUGUUCCCGAGCCAUCCAGUCGACCGAUAUCUCAGUCGGGGAGCCAGACUCCUAUAGGAAUUGAUGAUGAUGCAAAGUAUAGAGCGAUAAUCAAAUAUCUUCACGCAAGGCUGGCAACCAGCAAAUGGUGUCCGCCUCCGUCAGACCCCAGCAGCGAAUAUCAUGGCCUUCUACUUCGAAAGUCCCGUGGGGCGUACAUCUCCGAGCCUGACCUCGUCCACCCACUGUUGCUCGGUGCAGUGCAAAAGAUCAAUGUUGCGGUCGCCUUUACUAUGGCAACCGAAAUCACCAGAAUUAUAUUCUCUAUCCUGCAGCUAGAUCAGACCGAAUUGGUUCUGCCCAGCGGUUUCCAGGUGCAGGUGGUUGCGUCUCUGGCAGAAAUUGCCUGCUCCCCCUCAAGUGCCGUUAAGAAAUUCCAGUAUGUCGCACUGGUAAGGGAGGAGAGGCUCUUGCUAGUCUGGCAUGAUGAACUGGAAAAGAUCCUCGUCCAUGCUGAGGACGUGGAAGAGAAGCUGCUAGCAUUCAUAUGCGGGACACGCAUCUCAGUGUUUUCUCCCUCUCAAUCGGCAGGCUACUCUCUUCCACAUUCCUCUAUCGGAUCACCAGCUGCAUCGACACGCAAUUUUGUUCCACUUUGGAACAAGGAAGCCAGCGGAUUGGCGAGCACUCCGCUGCGCGUCCCAGACGAAGAAGCAGCAAAACCUAUAGAGUCAUUGGAUAGGCCCCUUGCGUUGACAAGCUCAAUAUUCGUAGGCCUAGGAAUGUGCCUGAUUGUGGUGCUUCUGGUGGGAUUUGGUAUCUCGAAUCUGAUACUUCAAUCUCUCGUAGAUGGGUCGUGGAUCAGAUUCGCAUUAGUUGCAUCCUUGCCGAUUUUCAUGCUUUUCAGCGUCUUCUUCGUUAUCGUAAUAUUCUCUGACAUUUUUCAGGCUAUUGGGCCUAUAAAGACGCUAAAAACGAAUUCCAGGUUCUAUUCCCCUGUUAGGCCAGAUCUAUCGCAUGCCUAUGCCAUGGGAUUCAAGCCCCCACGCAUCACCAUUCAGCUGCCUGUCUAUACAGAGUCUCUGGCAGGAGUCAUUAUCCCGACAGUGACGAGUUUAAAGGCUGCCAUAUCCUACUACGAAUCCCACGGAGGAACCGCAACUAUCUUCGUCAAUGACGAUGGCCUCGCAUACCUUACUGAGGAGCAGCGGGAAGAACGAAUCAGUUUCUAUCAUGAUAACAACAUAGGAUGGGUCUCCCGGCCCAAAAAUAACGAAGAUGGCUACAUUAGAAAAGGCAGAUUCAAAAAAGCAUCUAACAUGAACUUUGCACUCAACGUUUCAAACAAGGUGGAAGACAGGCUGCUCGACCUGCUGUCAGAGACGCUGGAAACGACAGAAAUGAUAGACGCUUCUCAAGAAGAAGCCUAUUACAAAAUUGCAUUACAAGAGGUUCUUGCUUCUGACAGCCGAAUUAGGGCUGCAGGGGAUAUCCGGAUCGGAGAAGCAAUCCUCAUUGUUGAUGCGGAUACUCGAGUGCCGGUAGAUUGUUUGCUCUACGGAGCAGCUGAGAUGUUUCUAAGCCCAGAAGUCGCUAUUAUUCAGCAUUCAACAGGCGUCAUGCAGGUUGUUGGUGAUUAUUUUGAGAACGGGAUUACGUUCUUUACAAAUCUAAUCUACUCUUCCAUACGCUUCGCGGUUGGCAGCGGCGAGACAGCACCUUUCGUCGGACACAAUGCAUUCCUUCGCUGGAAAGCCGUUCAAUCUGUGGGCAAGCCAGACGAUGGUUAUGUAGCUUACUGGUCUGAGAGCCAUGUUUCGGAAGAUUUCGAUAUUGCACUCCGACUACAGAUUGCGGGUGAUAUUGUCCGUCUUGCAAGCUACCACGGUGAUGAGUUCAAGGAGGGCGUAUCCCUGACUAUUUAUGAUGAACUGGCAAGAUGGGAAAAAUACGCGUACGGAUGUAAUGAAUUGGUGUUCAAUCCAAUCUAUACCUGGAUCUAUAAAGGCCCAUUCACUAAGCUCUUCAUGACCUUUCUGUGGUGCAACAUGCAGCUAUCAUCCAAGAUUACCAUCCUGGGAUAUAUUUCUUCAUGUAAGCCAGUGCCAAACCUGAUCUCACGAUACUACGCUCUCGCCUCUGGAUUUCCCCUCACCAUCCUCAACUACUUUUUGGUCGGGUGGUUUAACGGCUACCUGGAUAAGUUCUAUAUCGAGUCUUGGAAAGUUCUCCUGAGCCUUAUCGUGAUAUUUUCCCUCCUGGGCAAUGUCACCCUUGCCAUAAUUCGGUCUCGUCUAUCAGAGAAGAGCCUGUGGUCCGCUCUCAUCGAAAACUUCAAAUGGAUGCCCAUGAUGGCCAUCUUCUUUGGAGGCGUCUCGUUCCAUCUCAGUCUGGCGAUCCUCUCCCAUAUGUUAUCUAUCAAGAUGGAAUGGGGAGCAACGGCAAAGGAGAAGGUCGACUCCAACUUCUUCAAGGAGGUACCCAAGAUAUUCAAAAGCUUUAAGUGGCUCUAUGUGAUCCUGCUACCCUUGCUUGCCGGCAUGAUAUACCUAGGGAACUUUGCUCCCAGGGGAUGGGAAAUCACAGAGGUCGCAGCCGUCGUUCCCAUGGCAGUAACUCUCUCUCUGCACGCCCUUCUUCCCCUGCUUCUUAACCCCUCGCUGAUGAUCUUUAACUACUAA